AUGCAGGCUCAAGUCAGUCACGGUGACCGAAAGGCCAACGAUAUGCAUGGCAAAGCACCACAGACGAUUUGUAUCAUCGGGUACUUCAUGGACGUAUUAAGUGCUUUCCAGAAGAUGCGCGGAGAGCAGGAAGAUGCACUGGACUUUUUGGAGUUUUUCUUGGAGUAUUUGCGCGCAGAGUACGAAAACAGUGGUCUACGUUUGCCUGCCUCGUGUGAAAAGCAGACAAAGCGGGCUCCUAUGAUCGAGCAGAAUGAAUCUAGUGUGGACGCGGACGCUAAGAGUGCUCAAGCGUUCGAUGACGACUGGGCAGAGGUUGGUAAGAAAGGCAAGAGCAGCGUGCUACGUCAGAAUCCUGUUGACACUGUCCGCUCGCCGAUAAAUUGGAUGUUAAGGGUGCACGACGCUCCGGGCUGA